AGUGAUAGGAAAACAGAUCGGUUUACAUUCCGGUACACUGUGGUUCCUCCGCUGGAGAAAGAAGGGACUAGAGUGGAGUUUUGCCUUCGAUACGAGACCUCGGCUGGAACCUUUUGGGCUAACAACCAGGAGAUGAACUAUGUCCUGUUCUGCCACCAGAAGACUCCCGUGAAGCAACAAGUGCAGGACGACAACAAUGGCGUGAAGAUGAAGAGGAGCUGUCUCAGAGCCAACAGGAGGGGGAGCGCACGGGAAAAGGAGACCGUGGACGCCCCGACACUCGCCGCAGAGGUCGAGCCCGAGAGUGACGCGGCGGAGACGAGGGCAGAGAGUCCGCGGUUGUUCUCGCCGGACGAGUGCAAACCUUUGGUGGCGAGCCUCAAAAGCCGGCAGAGGGCGGCGCGCCUGGCGCACGUGAAGGAAAUCUUCUCCCAGAGUUGGGGGCAAGCUUCCCCGCGUGACCCCAUGAGCACCCUCCAGCCCUCGGGGGAAUUCUUGCUUCAACGCCAAAGGAAACAAGUGCUCACUUAUCACCAAAUUCCACUGAUUACACUGGACUGGGACAACGAUAAGCAGCAGCAGUGGGUGAGCUCCAACGUGGAAAAUAUCUGGACCGGGAGAGCCAAAGUGAGCUUGUCGAAGGCGUCGGAGGAAACUGUGAAAGGUGCGCUGUCUGUGAACGAGAUUUGGGGGACCUUUCUCAACGGGAAAAGUCCUAGUCCUGAAAAUGUAAGUUCUGUUUGUGACGUAUGGCAGGCGUUUAUUCACGGACCUCGCUACGAGGACAACUGUGGCAUUCCGGAGUCCGAAUGGCCGCAGAAAGCGGCCUCGGUCCCCCCGACGAGCGAGAUGCCCGGGAAUGCGCCACCGGCCACCUCGCCGGCUUCAGCUGUCGGUCAGGCGCCGUCACAUGCCUCGCCGGCUCACGUUUCCUCACGCGCCGAGGAGAAGCGUGCCGAGAGAUCGAGAGUCGCCGCAGCUCUCGCAGAAUGCGGCUCUGCGGGGGCCCCGCUCGAGUCCUGCGCUUCUGUUGACAAUUUAAGUGAGCGUCACGAGCGUGAGGAAGAACGGAUGAAAGGAGGAAUACAGGGAUACGAAGCCGGAGCAACAAGCCAGAGGGUGCCGACAACGACAGACAUGACAGCGGAGGCUGAGAAUGCCAGUCACGACGGUGACGGGAUCUCACGGGAAGACACAGGUGGCGAACACAACGCGACGGAUGACUUGGUGGCAUUUUGGGACACAGUCGGACACGGCGCGAAGGACGCUGCCGGACGCGGAGCUGAAGGCGGGAUCGGAACGGACUGCACGCGUGCUGUCACGUUUACGGAAGAGGACAAAGUCAAGCCUCGGGAAAAGAAGCCGAGCGCAAAUCAAACGGAGGACAGCUCGGUUGAGACAAAUGAAAGCGGACGAACAGAAACUGCAGAUGAAUUUGAGCCAAACGAAACAGGAAGUGACAUGGGCGCAAUCUUGAGAGAAAAUAAUGAAGGCCUCAAAGACCAGUCAGGAACAAAAGUCUUUGACAAUCUAUAUCCAGACAAAGAUCACCAAAAACAAGGUUACAGGUCAACAUUGGAGAACAUCUCAGUAGAGUUUUGGAACCAACCUGAGUCAUCAGAGAGAGGCCAAGACGAGCAAAGGAGUUUGGACGUUGUCAACGUCCCUUUGGUGGGAGAUAGUGAGGUGAACGAGGCUCGUCUAAGGAGCACCAAAGCUGAGCCUGUUGUGGCGGAAACCCUCGCCGUGAUCGAGUCCAGAUCUGACGGAGGACAAAUCAGAGACGAUUUGGUCAGGCGGGUCCGCGGUCAAGCCGGCAACGAUCCACCACGAGGCGAUAAAAUCCCGGGGCAGUCCACCUGCAGUCCCGCCAGGGGGUCCGGCGGUUUCCUGUGGUGGAGCGUGCUGUACAUCCUCAGCCACGUCGCCAGAAUCGUCACCUGCAGCCUGCUCGUCGCCGGGUUCGUCGUUGUCGCCGUCCUGUACGAGUUCCCGGCGUUCUUCGUGGUCUACAUGUUCCCAAUGGCCUGGUGGUUUUACAAGUGGUGGAGCCCUCGGGUGACAACGAACAAGGCUAUCGGUAGCUAGUUUGGAAUAGCAACAUAAGAUACGGUGUGUGUGAGUGUGUGUGUGUGAGUGUAUGUCUGAGUGUGUGUGUGAAAUAUAAUACAACAGUUUAUUAAUGGUAUUCGAUCUUCAUAAUGAAUGAUCACACAGAGACAUAGUGAAGGAGGAUGAGGGAGUAGGUGCAGAAACUCAAAAUCUGACCAAGAAUCUUUGUCUUCUUGUUGGGUAAAAAUAAACUGAUUAGAUUUAAAAUAAGACCCAUCACUGUUUUACUUGAAAUAAGUAGAAAAAAAAAAGUACUAGAGCAGUAUUUUUUUUCUUGUCACAAUGAUUUUUUUCUACUUGCAGUAUUUCAAGUGACAUUUUGCAGGAUAAAAGUGAAGUUUUUCUAAAAACGAGUAACUUUUUUUUGUAGGUGUUGUGUUAUUUAAAAUUACCCGAAAUAAGACAACGAUUCUCUGCAGGAUUUGGAUUUUUUUUUUUUUUUUUUUGCAGUGGUAGGUGCAAUAACAACAAUGUUACUAUUUGUGACAUUUUCUGUGAUUUUUAUAUAUCUGUAUUUUUGUCUUUCCUACUUUUCAACUAUUGCAGUGGUUGUCUGGCUUUCCUGAAUAAAGUAAAUUAUUGGCCACACCAACUUUUUUGGAAUCAUUUCUGGCUACAAUAUCCAACGUUUAAACCAAACCAGUGAUUGGUGUGAGUCUCGUUCACUGCCUCCCUUCAUAGUUAACGUGGAUAUUUGACGUCUAUGUCCGUCAACGGGAGCGAACGUGUUUACAGCAAAUGGCGGCUCUUCGAUAGCAGGUUUGCUGAUUUGCAUUUCGCUGCCAAUUAAGUUUCCCUAACAACAAGAAAGGAACAUCUUGUUCACGACGUUGCUGCUAUUUUACCCCCCACAUGAAUAAACUCUCUGAACCUCGGCGUCUCCCAGAACGAGAAAGCCGCUUUCCCUCCUCGCCUCUUGUCUCUGCGGAGCCAUCCAUCGCUUCGCUUUAAGUGCUUGUUGACAAGAUUUGGAGGGAAGUCAAAACUUCCCCGGGAAACAGCGCACGGUUUUAUCGCGGCUCCUCAUGGGAGACUCUGCGGGCGACGCAUCACGUCGCUUGAUGACAAAAAUCGCUUAAAGGUUGCACUUUUGUUUAGAGUCAAAACACUCUGUUAGCGCGCCGCACAAAUAUUUUGUUUGUAGGAAAACAAUUUCUGUCAAACGGAGAAUAAAUGGGCUGACAAAGACUUUUAUAUAUAAUAGCGGCGAUCAUAAAUCUACCGAGCUAUUUAUUUAACCUAGCUAGCCCAUCUAUCUCUGU